UCUGGUUACAUUCUGGGGAGGCCUGCUAGGCCGCGGGCCGGGACCGCCUGGGCCCUGGGAUGAGCAUCUGGUGGCCAUGAACAGAUACACAGUCAUCAAGCAGCUUGGGGACGGGACUUAUGGUUCUGUCCUGCUGGGAAAAAGUGUGGAGUCCGGGGAGCUGAUCGCCAUUAAGAAAAUGAAAAGAAAGUUUUAUUCCUGGGAAGAGUGCAUGAACCUUCGGGAGGUUAAGUCUUUAAAGAAGCUCAACCACGCCAAUGUGGUAAAGUUAAAAGAGGUCAUCAGGGAGAACGACCACCUUUAUUUCAUCUUUGAGUACAUGAAGGAAAACCUUUACCAGCUCAUUAAAGAAAGAAAUAAGCUGUUCCCGGAGUCGGCUGUAAGGAAUAUUAUGUACCAGAUACUGCAAGGCCUCGCAUUCAUUCACAAGCAUGGCUUCUUCCAUCGGGACCUGAAGCCUGAGAACCUCCUGUGCAUGGGCCCGGAACUCGUGAAGAUCGCAGACUUCGGGCUGGCUCGAGAGAUCCGGUCCAGACCGCCCUACACAGACUACGUCUCUACUCGAUGGUACCGAGCGCCGGAGGUGCUGCUGAGGUCCACCAGCUACAGCUCCCCCAUUGACGUGUGGGCCGUGGGGUGCAUCAUGGCAGAGGUGUACAUGCUCAGGCCGCUCUUCCCUGGGGCCAGUGAAAUCGACACAAUUUUCAAGAUUUGCCAAGUGUUGGGGACACCCAAGAAGACUGACUGGCCUGAAGGCCACCAGCUUUCAAGCGCGAUGAACUUCCGCUGGCCCCAGUGCGUGCCCAGCAACCUAAAGACCCUGAUUCCCAACGCCAGCAGCGAAGCCAUUCAGCUCCUCAGAGACAUGCUGCAGUGGGACCCCAGGAAGCGGCCGACCGCCAGCCAGGCACUUCGCUAUGCUUACUUCCAGAUUGGACACCCACUGGGCACUCCCACUCAAAGACUCCAGGAUUCAGGAAAGCCACAGAAGGACAUCCUGGAGAAGGCCGGGCCCCCUGCUCACAUCAAGCCCGUCCCUCCUGCCCAGCCCCCGGCCAAGCCGCACGCCAGGGUCUCUUCUCGGCCACAUCAAGCCAACCCGGCCCCCCAGUGCCUCGUGUACCCCUACAAAGCCGAAGCCUCCCGGACAGACCACCCGAGCCCACUGCUCUUCCCAUCCCUCCACAACAAGAAUCCUCCGCCAAAAAUCCUAGCCGGCCCGGAGCACAGGAGCGAGGAGAUCAAGCCAAAGAGCCGGAGGCGGUGGGGGCUCAUUUCCAGGUCGACAAAGGGUUCCGAUGAGUGGGCUGACUUGGACAGCCUGGAUUUCACCUCACCCCUCACCAGGACUGACCAGAGAAGCAAGAAGAGGCAGAGCGAUGAGACUCUCUGCAGAUUUGAGAGUGUUCUGGACCUGAAGCCCUCUGAGCCUGUGGGUACCGGCAGUAGCGCCCCCACCCAGCCUUCACAUCCCAGGAGAGACACGCCCACCCUGAGGUCCGCAGCCAAGCUACACUACUUGAAGCACUCUCGGUACCUGCCCGGAAUCAACAUAAGAAAUGGCAUACUCCCGAAUCCAGGCAAGGACUUUAUCCCGUCCAACCCAUGGUCCAGUUCUGGCAAGUCUUCGGGGUCAGUGUCAGUAAUCAGCAAAAUAAACUCGGUUGGUUCCGGCUCUACAAGUUCUAGUGGACUGACUGGAAAUUACAUCCCUUCCUUUUUGAAAAAAGAAAUCGGUUCCGCUAUGCAGAGGGUCGGCCUGGCGCCCCUUCCGGACCCUUCCCCAGGCUACUCCUCGCUGAAGGCCGUGCGGCCUCAUCCAGGGCGACCUUUCUUCCACACCCAGCCUAGAAGCACCGUGGGGCUCGUGCCCCGGCCACCAGCCGCACAGCCCGUGCACGGCAGGACGGACUGGGCUUCCAAGUACCCAUCGAGGCGGUGACCAGCAGCCCUGAGGCCCGGCCUUCCCAGAGGAAGCAGGCUGCCGCCUCUGAGCGCCGCGGGGUUCGCUGACAGAGAAGCAAGCCUGCACCUCGUGGGCGUCCUUCUGAACGAGAUAGUUCCAGAUUCCUCCUUUUUUUGUAAGGUUUUUUUUUUUUUUAAAGAUUGAUUUGAAUGCAAUACUCAUUUUUUGUAUAAAAUUGUUUUAUUCUGCACCCGGGUCCCCUUAUUUUCAUAAGCAACGAAUGGCAUUUUGUACAUAUGGGUUCUGUUUUAGCAUUUUAUACAGUCAACUUUGUAAGGAACUUUUUAAAGAUUUAAGUAAUUCUUUUUUCUUCCCGUUGGGGUUCAGAUAACAUUUUAUACAGAUUUUGAAGACAAUGUAAUGCUGUUGAUCCAGUAUUGGCCCAGGGCGUGACGUGAGGCGGCGGUGAAGGACAUGGACUGGACAGGAGCCGACAUCAUCGUGUGCUUUUAUAUUAAAUGCGGCUCUGUCAGUGCUGCAGGCUUUCUUGGACCAGCUGACCCAUUGUUUCUUAAUAGUCCGGCCCUGGCUGGAUUUCCUUUCUUUUUUCUUUUCU